CUCAAAACAGCACCCAUUUAUUAUCUCACAGUUUCAUGGCUCAGAAGUCUGGGCACAACGGGGCUCAGCUGGGUCCUCUGCGGAAGGCCUCCCAAGGCUGAAAUUAGGUUGUUCAAUUAGGCUGCAGUCUUCCCUAGAGGCUCUGGGGAAGAUUGUGCUUCUAGGUCAUCGAGGUUGUUGGCCGGAUUCAAUGCCUUGCAGCUGUAGGAUGGAGUUCCCCAUUUCCUUGCUAGCUGUCAGCUGGGGGCUGGUCUUUUUGUAAAAGCUGCCCACGUUCCUUCCCGUGCUUUCUUUGUGGCCACUCCAGCACUGGCCCAUCCAGUCCCUCUCGGGAUUCAAAUCUUCAAAUCUCGCCCUAUUUCCCUUCUGCCAUAUCUUUUGCCCCAGCUGGAGAAAGUUCGCUACUACUAAGGGCUCACAUGAUUAGAUUGGGCCCACCCACAAACCAGAAUAAUCUCCCAAUCGUAAAAUCUUGUUUAACAGCUGCAGAGCCUUUUGCUGUUUAAUGUAACAUAUUACAGUUUGCAGGCGUUAGGGAUUGACACUUAAGGAUGAGCAUUCUGCCUACCACAGUCUACAAAGAGAACAGAAAUUGUCCAAGGUAAGACUAUGUUCUGUCUAGACACUGCUCUGGGCUCUCACUUUUUACCUCGGCGUGAUAGAAUGGGACAGGAGUGCAGGGCGCUGUCACACUCCAGAAUGCUCCACUUCCAUAUUCAUUCUGGAGGCAAAGGCUCGGUCACACUUCCUCUGUGGUCUGCUACCUCUGCCACAUAAACUUGUCCUGUCUGGGGCCGUAUCUACUGAGGAACCACAUGAACCAGACUCCGGCCUACUAUAUUUAAAAUUCUAAUAACUUAAAAAAGAAAAGAGAAACCUUAACCAGUGCCAAUCGCUUGGUAUCUUUCGGCUCUGGUCUUACUGUGAAUUCUUUUCACCCAGGGUUGCCAGUGUGACAGAGCUCAAAACAAUACCAGAGCGAUCCGUCCAAAACGCAAAAAGAAGGUUUUCUUUCCUGGUCAAGGUUCUCUUCUGCCACCCCGUCACCACUCGUGCAUGGUGUGGAGGUUUUAUCUGUGAGGCAACACACUAAGACUGGGGCCCUGCUGAUGAGGCAAUGGUUCCAUACCAGGCAAGCUGAGAGCACCGUAGGCGGCCACAUCCACGCUUCCUGCAAGCACUCGGUUCUUAGAAUGAGAUGUCACUCAGGGAAGCUUGCCAUUCCCCAGAACAGUCCCUGGUCCCCAGAACAUUCAUGUCCAAAUCUUUCUGUGGAUGUAUUUUUUAAUUUCCUUUGGACAGAUAACGAGAAGCACAACUUGGAGUCAUACGGGUAGAGAUGUCUGCCCAGAGGUUAAUUUCUAACAGAACAUCCCAGCAAUCUGCAUCUAAUUCUGAUUACACCUGGGAAUAUGAAUAUUAUGAGAUUGGACCAGUUUCCUUUGAAGGACUGAAGGCUCAUAAAUAUUCCAUUGUGAUUGGAUUUUGGGUUGGUCUUGCUGUCUUCGUGAUUUUCAUGUUUUUUGUGCUGACUUUGCUGACCAAGACGGGAGCUCCACACCAAGACAAUGCAGAGUCUUCAGAGAAGAGAUUCAGAAUGAAUAGCUUUGUGUCAGACUUUGGAAGACCGCUGGAGCCAGAUAAGGUGUUUUCUCGACAGGGCAAUGAGGAAUCCAGGUCUCUCUUUCACUGCUACAUCAACGAAGUGGAACACUUGGAUAGGGCUAAAGCUUGUCACCAGACCACAGCCCUUGACAGCUGUGUACAACUGCAGGAAGCCAUUAGAAGCAACGGGCGGCCAGAGGAGGAGUUGAACAGGCUCAUGAAGUUUGACAUCCCCAACUUCGUGAACACAGACCAGAACUCCUCCUUUGGGGAGGAUGAUCUUCUGAUUUCAGAACCACCUAUUGUUCUAGAAAAUAAGCCAGUUUCCCAGACGUCACACAAAGACCUGGAUUGAGAAACGUACUCUGUAAAGUGUCUUCCUGGAGAUGUUGGAUCUGUCUUUGUAAAGCAAGAAAUCUCCACUGACCAAAGUUGUUUGUGUGUGUUGGGGGGGGAGACAUGGGAGACAGAGAUAGAAAGAAAGACACAGAGAAGAGAGCCCCCUCAGAAAAGAGCUGAAGAAACUGAGCUUCUGUGCCUUUAAACACAGUUCAGGCUUUUUUGAGAAUAAAGUAUUUGCAUGGUCUCAUCUUCCCUGUUGUUGAAAAGUUUGGCUGCACAGAGUGUCAGUGUUCUUGAAUGGGGGUUAGCAUGCUGCAUUCCAGUCUGGCCCUGCCACCACCACGCUCUAUUUUUAGCAAGUUGCUUUACCUCUCUGGGCUGCCACAUUGUUCAUUAUAACAUGAGGAGUUUGAAGUAGAUGACUCAUCCCAGCUCUAAUAUUUUGUGAAUUUGUGACUUUGCAUCCAGAAGAAGCUGGAAUGUACAUAACGCAGUAUAAACCAGGGCACUGCCUCCUAUCUCUUGUAGGAUGCCCUAUGUCGGUACCUUCCACUCAGCCCUUAACUGAGCCCAGCUUUUGUCAGAGGUCCAAGCAUCUAUGAGGAGGUCAGAAGACACAUCUCUCAGUCACCAUGGCCAACAUUUCUUUGAUUGUACUGAAACUGCUCUUCUGAGAACCUCCAGCCACCCAUGCUAAAAGCUAGGGCCAGCCCUGCCCGUCUUCUCCCAGAAUCAGUACCAAUUCAUGAUACAUCGCAUGGCACUCUUGUUCCCAGAAAUGUAGAGAAGGUUGUCAGCUCAGUGAGAGGAGGUGCCUUUUGUAUCUCUGUGUUGGUGUGCGUCCGUCACAAGAAGAGUACUUGCCAUGCUAUUUACUUGGCAGAUGUGUAGGUGAUGGUCAUGUGACUAGUGUAUGGACUUUGAGCUGAGAUGGUGAAUGGGUUGUAAAUCCCCACCAACAGAUAUACAGGGUGGCCUGGUGCAACACAGAGUUAAUUUCAUGAAAGAAUCCAGUCUGCACACUGGUAUUGGAAACAACUUGGUUUUGCGCACACAGUUGCUUGCAUGGCCAACUGCUAAUCUCUGGGUGGCAUUUUCAUCAUGAGUUUGUUUACCACCUGUCUUGCUAAAGCUAAAAAAUAAAUGCAUUUGCACAGGAA